GUUCCAAAUCAUGCGCUGUAAUACAUAAACAGAAGUCAACGCUGUGAAAUAACGGCUUCACACGUGCACGUGUGUGAAAAUGAAUGUAUUAAAUUAUAAAGCUAUGACAGUAUGAAUCUUUAAAUAAUAAGAUUACUUUAAGUUAGAGUGAGUGUAACGAAACCUCUCGAGUUACCAAUCAUUAAUGUGCUGGUGUGACGGCAAUGGAGGUUGAAGAAUUUGUUUCCAAGACACUUGAGCUCCUGCAAGAGGAGAGAGAAGCGGAGUUAGAAGAAGCACGGGCAUGGCAGGAGAACGUAUCUCUCAAAACCUUACAGCAAAAGGGAGUGUGCCUGCUGAAACUUCAGGUCGCAAGCCAGCACACUGGCAUGUAUGGGAGGCUUUUGGUCAUUUUUGAACCCAGAAAAAGUAUAGGACCCUCAGUUCUUCCCAGCAAAACAUUUGGACCUGGUGACAUUGUUGGUUUGUAUCAAUCAGAAGGUCAGGGUCAGCCGUCUCAGUUGGGUUCAGGAGUGGUGACACGUGUCACUCAGACAUCCCUGACAGUGGCUUUUGAUGACACACAAGAUGGUAUCAACUUGGACAGAGAUGGACUUUACAAUUUGAUGAAGCUGGCGAAUGAUGUCACGUACAAGCGGCUCACAAAGGCCUUAAAGUCUUUAAAUUCAUACAGUGGUGGUCCUGCAUCUCACCUGAUCAGCGUCUUCUUUGGUUACUCAGAACCAGGGACCAUAUCACAUCAACAUGCAUUGGAAUUUAGCAACACAGGGUUAGAUCAUUCUCAGAAGGAGGCUGUAGCGUUUGCAAUUUCUCAGAAAGAUGUGGCAAUCAUACAUGGACCACCAGGGACUGGCAAAACCACGACAGUGGUUGAAGUUAUCCUGCAGGCAGUAAAACAAGAACAAAAGGUCCUUUGCUGUGCCCCAUCUAACGUGGCUGUUGAUAACUUGGUGGAGCGUCUGGUGAGAAGCAAGGUCAAAGUUUUAAGAUUGGGUCAUCCAGCACGCCUGCUUGAGUCUAUUCAGAAACACUCACUGGAUGCCGUGCUUGCGCACAGUGACAACACCAACAUCAUCGCUGAUAUUCGAAAGGACAUGGACAAAGCUUUGAGUGAAAGGAGGAAGGCCCGUGACAAGGGCCAGCGGAGCAACAUGAGGCGAGAAAUCGGGGAGCUGCGUCGAGAGCUCAGGUCCAGAGAGGAAACAGCGAUCACUCAGAUCCUGAAGAGAGCGGAUGUUAUUCUAGCAACUAACACUGGAGCAGCUGAUAAUGGUCCUCUGAAACAUCUUCCUAAUGAUCAUUUUGACAUGGUGGUGAUAGAUGAGUGUGCUCAGGCGUUAGAGAGCAGCUGCUGGAUCGCUCUUCUCAAAGCACGCAAGUGCAUACUGGCCGGGGAUUACAAGCAGCUGCCACCCACCAUCAAAUCACAGAGCGCUGCAUCUAAAGGCCUCUCUGUGAGUUUAAUGGAGCGUAUGAUUAAGAAAUACGGAGAUUCAGUGGUCCGAAUGCUGACCACUCAGUAUCGUAUGAACAGUGCCAUCAUGCAGUGGGCUUCAGAGCAGAUGUAUGAGGGCAAACUGAUCGCACACCAGUCAGUGGAGAAACACUUGCUUAGAGACCUGGUUGGGGUUGCUGAUGUUGAGGACACCAGAAUUCCUCUUUUGCUUAUUGACACAGCAGGCUGUGGCCUUAGUGAGAUGGAAGACACGGAUGAGCAGUCCAAAGGGAAUCAAGGAGAAGUAGACAUUGUGGCUCUUCAUAUAAAAGCUCUUACUGGGGCUGGACUUCAAGUCAAAGACAUUGCAGUUAUUGCACCAUAUAAUCUCCAGGUGGAUCUUUUGAGAGAGAAACUGUCCCAUAAACAUGCCGAGCUCGAGAUCAAGUCUGUUGAUGGCUUCCAGGGCCGAGAGAAAGAGGCAGUGGUGUUGUCAUUGGUCAGAUCCAACCGUAGGGGUGAGGUUGGAUUUCUUGCUGAAGACAGAAGGAUCAACGUGGCUGUGACUCGUGCCAGACGGCAACUCACAGUAGUGUGUGAUUCUCAGACUGUUCGAAACCAUGACUUCCUCAAAUCCCUCGUUGACUAUAUGUCUGAACACGGGGAAGUUCGGACCGCAUUCGAGUACCUGGAAGACUGUGUGCCACAGAAUUACACCCGUGAAAGUAAAGACAAACAGCUCGGCAUUAAAGAUGCUUUAUCUACAAAGCAGAAGUCCAAAAACCAGGGCAAGAAACCAGAGCAAGAACAGAAGAAAAAUGCAAACAAGAGCAAAGGAGAGAGUCAGAACAAUGCUCGGUCUGGUCAACAAAAUCAAGCUUCCAACUCACACCAUCCUGAACCCAGAGAUGCUGAGCAGACCCAGAGUAAGAGACAAGAGAUCAAGGAGCAGAUACUAGACUUCCUAAAGGAUCAAAACAAGAAAGAACUACAGUUUUCUUCCUCGCUCAAUUCCCAUGAGCGUCUGCUGGUCCACGAGAUCUCUGAAGAGCUGGGAUUAAAGCAUGAAAGUCACGGAGAGGGGAAGAAACGUCAUGUCACUGUCUCCCGGUCACAGUCAGCCUCGGAAAAUCCAGAGAAAGAGCCAGAGACCCAACCAGCAGAGGUGACUGCAAGCGCUGCAGGGGUGCUGGAUGGAGAAAAAUCAGAGAAACCCUCACAGUCGGCCGUUGAUCUGAAAAGCCUGCAUAUGGAGCGCAUGCGUCGAGAGAUGGAGAAACGAGAAGAGAGAAAACAGCAAAAACAAGAGAGCGUGAAACUGGAGUCAAAUCUCAAUGCCAGUAAAAGCCAGUCGGUUAAGAAAUCUAAAGGCACAACCAAAGGAAGUACUAAGAUGAAAGCAGGAGCAGUGGAUAUUGCUGCAGCUGCCACAGGAGAUGAUGAUUUUGACGCUCUUAUCGAAGCUGUGGUGAAGGCAGACAGCGUAUGCGGCUUUGUCAAGUGUAAAGCCAGCGUCCUCACAUUAGGACAGCUCUGCAUCUACUGUAACAGACAAUACUGUCUGAGUCAUCAUAUACCUGAGGUUCACGGAUGUGGCGACAAAGCAAAAUCUCAGGCUAGAAUGAGGAUCAGUAAGGAGGGGGUGCUGUAUGCCGGAAGUGGACAGAAGGACAAGUCAAUGGACCCAAAUAAAAAAGCACACCUGCAGAGAAAACUUGACUCCAAACUCAAAGGAAUGGCAUCUCACAGAAAAACCAAAGCUAAGGACAAAGAACAAUAACAUUGUAGGACACACUAGAUCUAUUUCAUGGUGUUGGAUUUCAGUUAUAAUGAAUAUUUGUUUGUGUUUUA